AUGGCAGCUGCAGCAGGAGAGCCCAUUCUCAACUAUGGCCCUGCCGCGCCCCAUGGGCCCAACACGACUGACCGACGCACAGCUGGGCAAGACUUUGAUAUCAGACAGGACAUGAGCGAGAACGAGGCCAGCGUCUUCCAUGCCCUUCUCCAUCCCGACGACUUGUACACGCAAAAUGGCACCUACUGGGCCGAUCUGCCCCUGGGUCAGCGUGUGAAGUUUGUCGCCCAUGUGGACAAGCAAGAAGCCCAAGAAGAAGCCAGCUUCUUCUGGGACAUGUUCAAAAAGGAUCCAUUGGCCCCUGUGUCUCACUACUUCCGCACCUGUGUCAUUCCCGGUGCUGGUCUGGGUCUUGAAGGCUACGUGUUGUUCUCCAUUGGAAAUGUACGGCCGCUGCUCCAGGCUUCGUUUCCCAUGUGCUGGAAGACGUUUGAGAUAUGUAAUGAGACAUGGACGCAAGCCAUUGACUACCUUGAAAUCUGCGGUAUCAUUGUUGGUAAGUCAAAGUCACAUGAAGAUGAAACAAGCAGAUGCUAA